CUCAUACAAAGGGGGAGCUUGCAGCCGACCCACAAGUCUGCGGGAGAACAACGUGUCCAGACAGAAGACAACAUGUACAGAGGUCAGGGUCGCCGGAACUCCGAAGCGGCGCUCUACCGGUGGAAAAAGUCCGCCUCUCUCUCUCUCUCUCUCUCGAAAGACGCUGAAAUAUUCCCAGAAACUUCUGGUUUCACUUAGUCAAUGAGUAGUUUCUUUUGUUUCCACCACCCAGGCCAGUUCUCCGCCGGUCUGUUUAUGCCCUGUUAACCUUCUAUUGUUGACAGGACUUUGUAUUAUUACUUGUCACUGAUAAGACAGACUUGUAUGUUUUGAGAGUGUCUGUGUGCAGCACCAUCGCCAUUAAGUGUUCUGGCUGCCAGUGGCUAGUUCUGAACCUAUCCCAAAAGUUAGCGUUAUUUAUCUGGCCCAGAUUCGGGCUAGGCGUCCCGCUCGCCCAGACUCAGGUGAUUGGCCUGUCUACCUGUUGAAUGGUUCUCAGCCGUUCCCCAAGGAAGUGUCGCUCUCUCACACGCCUCUUGUCCAGAUCCGGUGCUUUCGAUUUUGUUUCCCGGAAGAAUUGAGCUGCGGGCUAUGUGACUGUUUGGAGCCGGGGCUUCGCUCUUUCUCCCCGCGACUUUCAUGUGCCCGGGAUUACCCCGAGAGACCGCGGGGAGCCCACUAGGAGAACUUUAUAUAUAUUUUUGUUUCGCCUGGUUUAAGCUGGCCGAAGGACCAUGACAAACUGUGAGCGAGCUCCCCGCCUCAAGAACUGCCGCUCACUGGAUGCUUUUUGUUGUUCACACCAUUCUCAGUAAACUCCAGAGUGUGUUCUGCAUGAAAAUCCCAGAAGACUGGCAGUUUCUGAGAAUACUCAAACCACUCCAUCUGGCACCGACAAUCAUUUCGCGGUCAAGGAGGAGCAAGAAUGCACCUUGAGGUCACCUACUUCAGCUCAGUCGCGACCUGCCCCUGCGGUCUACAGCUGCCCCCACGACUAUCUCAACCACGUGCCUGGAAAACUGAAAAUGCCACCAUCCCUCUGGAGUAAAGCUGAUGUGGCACACUGGCUGAAGUGGGCGGAGAGAGAGUAUUCGCUGCAUUCCAUCGAAGACAGCAAGUUCGAAAUGAACGGAAAGGCACUUUGCCUGCUGACCAAGGAUGACUUCCGAUACCGCUCUCCCGGCGCAGGAGACGUAUUGUAUGAAAUACUUCAACAGUUUAAUCACAACAGGAGCUUUGCACAAAGGAAUCCCUUCAUGAACCCACCUGCAGGACAGGCAAUGCACACCCCUCAUGUAAAUCUACACAGCAGCUUCGAAGGUGUCCCAGAACUUAGACCAAUGGCCCCGUCACCCAGAUAUGUGUCCAGUAGUUCCCCCAUGUUCCACUGCCCUUCCUCGACCGUCCAGCCAUCUGUUGGAAUCACGAGUAACCUCUUCACGGACGACAGAGAGAAGAGCAACACCGUUCCAAUGCAGAGGUUCCUGUUCCACACAGACUGCAGAGUGCCUCGAAUCAUGAAUGCAGUGGUGGGCCGCACCCCACUGGGUGCAGUCUUCCCACCAGCACAGGGAUCUCCCGGCAAGGUGAAUGGUGCCAACCCCCACAGGAGUCAGCACUGGGAAGAGCCGCUGAACCUCUCCAGCUGGUCAGAAGGGGCGAGGAAUCCCGGGGCGAGCCCACCACCUCCCGCACCUCAAGGAACCGCCGAUGGGAAAAUCGCAGACUGCAGGCUGCUCUGGGAUUAUGUCUAUCAGCUUCUCUCCGACAGUCGAUACCAAACCUACAUCCGGUGGGAAGACAAGGAGUCAAAGGUGUUCCGUGUGGUGGACCCGAACGGUCUAGCAAGCCUUUGGGGGAAUCACAAGAAUCGAGCAAAUAUGACUUAUGAGAAGAUGUCAAGAGCUUUGCGCCACUACUACAAGCUAAACAUUAUCAAGAAGGAACCAGGCCAGAAGCUGCUGUUCAGGUUCCUGAAGACGCCAGAGGAAAUCGUCCACAAACCUGACCGGUUGGAGCAACUGGAAGUUCAGGAACAGGAUGGAGCAGACUUCAAAGAGGACACCUUCGAACUGUCACCAUGACGAUGACACAAAGACGGUACUCGGCAAAACACCGUCACACGUGACUGGCACCUGUCAAUCAUGGACACAACAAACUUCUUUCCCCCUCCACAAUGGUACUAAUGUGAAGUUUACCCCUGCAAUAGGGGACAGUGAUUUUUGUUUAAUAUUAGCACUACAUUGCAUCUCUGCACUGGUAAGAUGUAACUUAAAUUCAGAAACUUGCUGUCACAUUUCUGAAGGGAAAUGGUGAAUAAAUUCUUAAUAUUUUGUAUCUU